CUUAGAUCGUAAAGCUUCCUUCUCUUUUUUUGGUUUGGUUCUUGGGAUUUAAUCAACAACCCUCCCCCACUUACUUUCACUUCUUCUAAUUAGAGAAAAUAGAAUAGAACACAAUGGUUUCUCCAUCCGAUGUCCCAGUUGAAGUUUCAAAAGUCUUUGAUACCAUUUUGGUUCUUGACUUUGGUUCCCAAUACUCUCAUUUGAUUACUCGUCGUUUAAGAGAAUUCAAUGUUUACGCUGAAAUGUUACCAUGUACUCAAAAGAUUUCCGAAUUGAACUGGAAACCAAAGGGGGUUAUCUUAUCUGGUGGUCCAUACUCAGUUUAUGCUGAAGAUGCUCCUCAUGUCGAUCAUGAUGUUUUCAAAUUAGAUGUUCCAAUCUUGGGUAUUUGUUAUGGUAUGCAAGAAUUGGCUUGGAUUAAUGGUAAAGGUGUUGCCAGAGGUGAUAAAAGAGAAUAUGGUCCAGCCACUUUAAACGUUGAAGAUCAAUCUUGUUCUCUUUUCAAAGGAGUUGAUAACUCUCAAGUUUGGAUGUCUCACGGUGACAAAUUACAUGCUUUACCAACUGGUUUCAAAAUCGUCGCCACUUCCGAAAAUUCUCCAUACUGUGCUAUUGCUCAUGAAAAGGAAAAUAUUUUUGGUAUUCAAUUCCACCCAGAAGUUACUCAUUCUGCUCAAGGUAAAAUUUUAUUGAAAAAUUUUGCUGUUGAUAUUUGUCAAGCUAAUACUAAUUGGUCUAUGGAAAAUUUCAUCGAUACUGAAAUUGCUAGAAUCCAAAAAUUAGUUGGUCCAACUGCUGAAGUUAUCGGUGCUGUUUCUGGUGGUGUUGAUUCUACUGUUGGUGCUAAAAUUAUGAAAGAAGCAAUUGGUGAUCGUUUCCAUGCUAUUUAUGUUGAUAACGGUGUUAUGAGAAAAAAUGAAACUGAAACCGUCUAUAAAACUUUAACUGAAGGUUUAGGUAUUAAUUUAACCGUUGUUGAUGCUUCUGAUUUAUUCUUAGGUAGAUUAAAAGGUGUUACUGAUCCAGAAAAGAAAAGAAAAAUCAUUGGUAAUACUUUCAUUCAUGUUUUCGAAGAUGAAGCCGCUAAAAUUAAACCUGCUUCUGGUCAAGAAAUUGAAUAUUUAUUACAAGGUACUUUAUACCCUGACGUCAUUGAAUCUAUUUCUUUCAAAGGUCCUUCUCAAACUAUUAAAACUCAUCAUAACGUUGGUGGUUUAUUAGAAAAUAUGAAAUUGAAAUUAAUUGAACCUUUAAGAGAAUUAUUCAAAGAUGAAGUCCGUCAUUUAGGUGAACUUUUAGGUGUUCCUCAUGACUUAGUCUGGAGACAUCCUUUCCCAGGUCCUGGUUUAGCCAUUAGAGUUCUUGGUGAAGUUACUAAAGAACAAGUUAAAAUUGCUCGUGAAGCUGAUGCAAUCUUCAUUGAAGAAAUUAAAAAAGCUGGUUUAUAUAAACAAAUCUCUCAAGCUUUUGCUGCUUUAUUACCUGUCAAAUCCGUUGGUGUUAUGGGUGAUCAAAGAACUUAUGAACAAGUCAUUGCAUUAAGAGCUAUCGAAACUACCGAUUUUAUGACUGCAGACUGGUUCAUCUUCGAAGCUGCUUUCUUGAAGAAAGUCGCCUCUAGAAUUGUUAACGAAGUUGAUGGUGUUGCUCGUGUCACCUACGAUAUUACCUCUAAACCUCCAGCUACCGUUGAAUGGGAAUAAUCUCAUUGUGGUGAUCUUCUAUCUGUUUCUUUUUUUUAUACAUUAGUCGUUAUAGUAUAUUCUAUGUACAAUAUUAAUUAAAACCUUGUCAAAGUAA